CUGUUCGGGAGGCUGGGGCGAGCUGGCCCGGCACGGCCUUUCUCGGGGUGGCGGCCAGGGAGCGGCCUUGCAGGCGCCGGGGGGCAUGUUAGACGCAUGGAUUUGUUCGGAGGCGGACGUCUGAAGAAUGUCAGCACGCAUACCCCGAGAAUUAGUUGACUUGAAUCCCCAAUCCUGCCUGCCUUUCUUUGCCCAUUUCUAUUGUAGUCGUCAUGACCACCCUCCAAGCCACAAAGCACCCCCGCCUCCGAGGUGUAUCUCCCACUCCUAGCAAGAUUCCCAUCCGCUCUCAGAGACGCCCGCCUUUCUCCACAGUGAAGCUGGACAUUCUGGACCAGGAGAACCAGGAUCCAAGGAGCCUGGUGCAGAAGCCACCACUCGGUAUUGAACGCUCCCUCGUUGACUCAGCAAGCCCCAAGUUGAAAGCCACACACCGAACAGAAAAGUCACAGAGUUUGGUGGGGAUUACUCAACCCCGGAACCCUUUGGAAGAGCUCAGGCCAAGCCCUGGGAGACAAAAUGUGGGGCCUGGGCCCCCUCCCCAGACAGGGGCUCCAGAGGCCAUAGAGUUUGUGGCUGACCCUGCAGCCUUGGCCACCAUCCUGUCAGGUGAGGGGGUGAAGAACAAUCCCCUGGGGCGCCAGUCUAGUCUGGCUCAAAGAGUACUGGUUCGAGGGAGCAAGGAAGGCACCACCCGGAGAGGUCAGAAUGCUCGGGCUUCUGCAUACCUAGCCCCCAGGACCCCCAUCCACCAACUGGACUCUGCUAGGGCUUCUUGUUUCUCAAGGUUGGAGGGACCGGGACCUCGAGGCCGGACUUUGUACCCUCAGAGGCUAGAAGCUUUGAAUCCACCUUCAGGAUCUUCCCUUCAGGCUACUCGUCCUAGCUUACAGGAGCUAAGAAGAGAGACAGGAGGCAGCAGCCGGACUUCAGUGAAACAGGUCUCAAGAUUGCUCUUGGAGACCCCUGUGCAACCUGUUUCCUCUCUCUCUGAAGAACCUGAGGUUAUCCCUCACUCUGAUGAAGGAGGAGGAGCCCUCCUGGGUUUGGCCCAGCGAGUACCCUUAAGAGAAACACAGGAGAUAACACAAACCAGGGUCAGUGGUGACUCUCACGUGAUGCCUUCCCCUACCCCCUUGGCCCAGCCUAUGCCUGGCCGUGUGGUACCACCUUCUGUUACCCACCCAUCACCCUUUGGACGGGCACAGCGCGUACCAUCUCCUGGCCUCCCAACUCUGACUCCAUAUUCAUUGUUGCGACGGCUUGCUGUUCGACCCAAAGUCCAAUUCACUCCCAUCCGAUCAGUCCCCAGAGUUCAGCAGGCCCGAUGGUCCAGUGGCCUCUCUCCUCAGUCUUGUCCUGGAGAGCCUGCCACACCCUGGGAGCAGAUUGCUGUACAGUUGUUUGACCAGGAUGGUUGUGUCAGGAUGCAGGAGAGGUCUGGGUGCCCAACUAUGUCAAAUCCUUCUGGACCACACCCAAGUCUAAACCCCAACCUCCAAGAACUAAGGAUGCAGCGCAUCAGUAUCCUGCAGCAGCUGUUGCAACAGGAGAUGGAGGGGCUGGCAAUGGGCAAGUGUGUUCCUGUUAAUGGAGGCUCCUCUUUGGAUAUGGUUGAACUUCAGCCUCUACUGACUGAGAUUUCGAAAACUCUGAAUGCCCCGGAGCAUAAUUCUGGGACAUCCUACCUUCCUGGACUGUCAAAGCAUUCUGGGCUGCCAGAGCCCUGCCUCCCAGAGGAGCGUGAGGAACCACAGCCCUUUUUUGGAGUAGAGGCUGAAAUGGCACAGCUUUGCCCUCCACCAGAGCCAGGGCCCCCAGAAUCUUGCUGUAGGAUUGGGCCAGAGACACCAGAGUUCUCCCAGGAACAGCCUGAGAUCCCAGAGCCUUGUACUUCAGCACUACCUGGACUCCAUCAGUCUAGUCCCCAUGAGCAACAUGCUGGACUCCCAGAGGCCUGCCCUAGGGUAGAGCAGGGAGCAUCAGUAGCCUACUAUUCCCUGGAACCUAAAAGCCCAGAUUCCAGCCUGUGGCUCCGCUGCAAUCAGGGGACACCGGCAACCACCAACCUGACUUUCUCUUCCCAACGCCCACUUUGUGCCAGCCCCCCUAUCCACUCACUUCAGUCUCAGAAGCCCCCGACAGGUCAGGCAGGUCCCAGCAGUCUGGCUCCUCGAACACUGGCCCUGAGGCAACGCCUCAAAGCCUGUCUCACUGCCAUCCACCACUCGCAUGAGGCCCGCCUGGAUGAUGAGUGUGCCUUCUACACCAGCCGGACCCCUCCCCCCGGCACCACUCGGGUCUGCACCAACCCUGUGGCCGAGUUGCUUGAAUGGCAAGAAGCCCUGCGUUUUAUUCCAGUUGGUUCUACGGCCUCUCAGGACUCUACAUCAUGAAGCUCCAGCCAUCACCUGCUCCUGCCCUUCUGAGCUCACCUUCUAGCCCAUAUUUAUUGUUGGACAACCAAUAGAACUCAGUGCUAACACCCUUUUUAACCUUUAAUAAAGUUUCCAAAGUA